AUGCUCCUGGGGAAACGCGGGAACCGGGUGGGCGCCCUGGAGGAGGGGACGCCCUUUGGGUCUCCGCAGCUCCCAGAGGCGGUGGCGGAGCGGGUCCUGCUUCGGGGCAUCUUCGAGAUCCAGAGGGAAAGCUGCGAUGUGGUGCUGGGCGAGCGGGCCUUGCGGUGGUGGCGCAUCCAGCCCGAGCUCCCGGCGGGUGGUUCCAAGCGUCAUCAGCUGGGCAGCGGUGAGUCCGUAGAACUUGAAGCCGUAUUUUCUGUGAAGCUGAAGCGGCGCUGUUCCGCAAAGCAGCCGGGCAAAGGCACUCUGCUGGGCAUCACCCUCUUCAUCUGCCUGAAAGGACAACAAAACAAAUUAAAGGAGUCUACACUUGAUCUCAUUAACUCGAGUGAAGACCACUGCGACGUAUGGUUCAGAGAGUUCAAGAGAAUCCUGGAAGGUUUCUCAAGCAGGCCAAAGGCUCUAAAGAUCCUCCUCAACCCUCAGAGUCACAGAAAGGAGUCUGUCCACGUCUAUUAUGAGAAGGUGGAACCUCUGUUGAAGCUUGCGGGGAUAAAGACUGAUGUGACAAUAACAGAAUAUGAAGGGCAUGCCCUGUCCCUGCUUGACGAAUGUGAACUCCAAGGAUUUGAUGGUGUUGUGUGUGUUGGUGGAGAUGGAUCUGCUAGUGAAGUAGCCCGUGCGCUGCUCCUCAGAGCUCAGAAGAAUGCUGGGGUGGAGAUGGACUGCCUCCUGACUCCUGUUCGGGCACAGCUUCCACUUGGCCUAAUACCAGCAGGAUCUACAAAUGUAUUGGCACAUUCUCUUUGUGGAAUAUCUCAUGUAGUGACUGCAACUAUGCACAUAAUAAUGGGUCACAUACAGACAGUAGAUGUCUGCACAUUUAGCUCUGCUGGCAAGCUUCUUCGCUUCGGGUUCUCGGCCAUGUUCGGCUUUGGUGGAAGGACUUUGGCUCUGGCAGAGAAAUACCGAUGGAUGCCCCCAGGUCGGCGGAGAGACUUUGCUGUACUCAAAGUAUUGGCCAAACUUCAGCCAGAGGAUUGCAAAAUAUCAUUUUUACCAGCUGGUUACUCUCAGGACGAACAAGAAAGUAAAACAGAACAGUCUCCAGAAUCUGACCAUAGUGAUCAAUGGCAAACCAUCCAAGGGCAGUUCUUGAACAUCAGCAUCAUGGCAAUCCCCUGUCUGUGUUCAGUGGCUCCCAGGGGCCUUGCACCUGACACCCGAUUAAAUAGUGGAAGCAUGGCUCUCAUAGUUGUGCGGAACACUACUCGACCAGAAUUUGUAAAGCACCUGAAAAGAUACUCUAGCAUAAAAAAUCAGUUCAAUUUUCCCUUUGUGGAGACUUACACCAUUGAAGAAGUAAAAAUCUGUCCAAGAGGUAAAAGCAAUGGACACAACCAACAGGAGGAGGGUGGGAAUCUUGCAACUGUUCCAGAAAAUGGAUUUCCUUGGAAUGUAGAUGGCGACUUAAUGGAAACUGCAUCUGAGGUCCACAUUAGACUGCACCCAAGACUGAUCAGGCUUUAUGGAGGAAGCCUGGAAGAAAUGAAUGAUUCCAAAGUAGCAUGUAAUUGCAUAUAAAAGAAAUCUGUAAAGUAGAAAUUUACUAUGAAGGAAUAUAGUAUGUAACAUAUACACAAAUAGAAAAUGCAUUUUUGAAUGAACGUAUCUGUUUAAAACAUCUAUCUUAAUGUAAUUAGAAAAAGUAUCUAGGUUUUUGAAAAUCAAGAUACAAAUAUAAAAUCAAUGAAAAAUCAAAUUCUGAUUUUAGAAGGCAUUUUUGGGUCUAAUAUAAACAACAUAGUGCUAUGUCAAUAUUGUUGAAGAUAAUUCUUGUUAUUAAUUUUUUUACAAUUUUUAUAGCCUGAUAAAAUAUAGAUUUUAUAAAAUUUCAGACUCCACAAGGAGCUAGUGAUAUAACCAUGAACAACUACUUAAUUAAAAAACAUCUUUCCACUUAGGCCAUUGUCCCCCAAGCCUACCUCAAAAUGUCAUCUUUUGAAGUAACAAUAUUUUUAAGCUUAUUAUACAGGUAAAUUUCUAAGUUUACAAUAAGUUUUAUUUAAAAAUAUACAAAAAGUAUCUUUCUAAGUGGGCAGAAAUGUGGCCCACGAGGUAGCUGUGUUCCUUUGUACCUGAAAGGCUGAGGUUGGGUGGACACAGUUUUCAGUGUAAUGAUCCAAAUUUAAUUUUCUUCAGAGACAAUCCUUUAAAAAGAUAGGUCUAGACUGAUAUUGAUCUUCAUGCACUAACACAGAUACCCUCAUGAAAUAACUGCUUUAAUUCUUAUGAGAAAAUCAUAAAUAUAUACUCUUUAUACAAAACAUAGCCCUUGAAAAUACAGACAUUUAAUUAAAUUUUUUUGUGUGUGUGCACACAGAGCUGAUGCUUGUACUCUUGUACUCAAGUUUCAUUGCUUAGAAAAUCCCUUCCAAACCCCAGCACACCCUCAUUCUCUAGCCGCAGACCAUGGGUUUGUGAACAGGCAACUCUCAUGAAUCAGGGAAUCUGAGGAAGGGCCAGCUGGCAGCAGAGAUUUCCUGUAAAGCAAUCUUUCUUCUUAACAGUGAAGGCUGCCCUUUUAUCCAACACAUGUUCAAAAUCUGGCCAUAGUUUUCUUAUGCAUAAUAUCCCGAUGAAAAUGUAUAUUUGUCAAACCACAUGUAUGAAAUAAAUAGUACACAAAAUGAUUAUGUAAAACCCAAGUAGAAGAUAUUUCCCUUUAAAAUAGAACCUUGUGUAACAUCAAAGGUACUAUCUCAUGGGAAUUUGAUGUCACAUUAUGUUACUGCAUAUAAACUUCACUGGUGACUUGCAGUUCAGUCUAUGAACUUGUUUCUUCAUAUGUAUAACAAUAUUUUUUAUAGUCCUGCUUAAUAUAUAUAUUUAACCGGAAAAAGAAAAACAACAGCAUCCUAGUAGAUAUUCAUGUUUGCUUAAUUUGAAAUAAUGAAUGUUUUAUGAAAUAUUGGCUCCCUAAUCUUUCUUUGCACAGUUUUAAAUCACCACUGAGCUACAGUUCAUAUUAUAUCAGCAUGUAUCAGCUAAAGUGCAAUAUUUAUAAUCUUUUAUGAG